CGUAAGCCCGCGCAUCGAUAAAGCGAAGAGCUCAUGUCGCUCACCUUUCGCUCGUUCUUACUGUGUCGAUGGGUGGGUUCCGCUCCGACUCCCAUUCGCCGCUUCGUCUUCCCCCGCUCCCCUGAUCCACGACGGUCGCGUAAUCCUAUGAUUUACAGGUCUCGAGGUUGGGGAUGCAGAUUGAAGGCUAUCUUAUCGUUGGACCACAUAGUUAGGUCAUCUGAGUGUUUGAAUGGGUAUUACACGUAAAAUGGAAACAUUUUGGGGAAAUUGGGAUUAAUGCUAUGGAGGAUAUACACUCCGUUGCUACACUCAUCGAUUCUACAACUUCAAAGAUACAACAGUUGCAACAUGCAUUUGCUGAACUUGAGAGUCUUAAUGCCAUAUCUUUGAAUUUGAAAUGGAAAGAACUCGAGGAACAUUUUCGUGGGCUUGAGACGUCUUUAAAGAAAAGGUUUGAUGAAUUGGAAGUUGAGGAGACCAAAUAUGUUACAAAGGUCAAGGAAGCCCAAGAGAUGUUGGAGAGUCGGGAGGCUGCUGUUGUGGCUAAGGAGCUUGCAUCACUUGAACAAUUGCAGGAAAAAAGAGAUGCUGCUCUAUCUGCUUUGUUUGAUACAUAUAAAACCUCUCCAGAUCCCAUUGCUGAGGGUGUGGGGCCCAGAAAUGGCAUGACUGAUGUUUUUUCAGAAGAAAACUCUGAUGUUACAUAUGCAAAAUCAUCAUUAGAAGAUGUGUAUCAUGCAGAAAAUGUUAAUCCACACAACGAACACCCCACAGAGCUGGUGAAGCUGUGUGAGGAAAUGGAUGCAGAAGGGUUACAUAAGUUCAUUUCAGAUAAUCGGAAAAACUUGAGCUCUAUACGCGAAGAAAUGCCAGCAGCUUUAAGAAGGGCAGCCAAUCCUUUCAGCUUAGUUUUGGAUUCAUUGAAGGGCUUCUAUGCUGGAGAGAUUCUAGGAUCAGAUGGAAAAAAAGAUGGGAACCUUUUGGGCCUGCGAAGGACUUGUCUCAUGUUAAUGGAAUCGCUAGAACAGCUGUUGGCAGAUGCUGUACCUGGUUCCCUUUCUGAUAAGCAGAUACUUACAUCAGACAUUAAAGAGAAAGCAAAGGUGAUAACUAAAGAAUGGAAGCCAAAAUUAGAUCAUCUGGGUAUUGAAGCCAGCAGUGGGAACUCAUUGGAAGCACAUGCAUAUCUUCAGCUGUUGGCUACUUUUGACAUUGUUUCAGAAUUUGAUCAAGAUGAAAUCUGCAAACUUAUUCCAGCUGUUGCACGGCGCCGUCAAACUGUUGACUUGUGUUGCUCACUUGGUUUGUCAAAUAGAAUGCCAGGUUUGAUUGAAUAUCUUCUGAACAGCGGGAGGCAAAUUGAGGCUGUUAAUCUUGCUUGUGCAUUCAAACUUACCGAACAAUUUCCACCAGUGCCAUUGCUUAAAGCAUAUCUGAAGGACGCAAGAAAGGUUGCACAGGUCAAAGCUGGAAGCAUGUCUCCUGGUGCACAGAAUGAAAUGAAUGAACGCGAACUAGCUGCCCUUAAAAUUGUUAUAAAGUGCAUCGAGGAGCACAAACUUGAGGAGCAAUAUCCGGUUGAUCCGCUUCAGAAGCGUAUCGUUCUGCUUGAGAAAGCCAAGGCUGACAAGAAGAGGGUUGCUGAAGUUGCAAAGCCGCAAUCCAAGCGGCCCCGUGCCACUGGCUGCAUUUACACUGCUCGUAUUACCAGCAUGCCUGACAAAAGCUUUUACCGUGCACUCCCUGAGAGAUCUCCAUAUCCAUAUGACAUGCAGUAUGCCUAUGCUGCCGAAAAUCAUUACCCGCUGCGGAUGGGUUCUGCUCCAUACUCCAUCUCACCUACUCAGACCAAUUACUAUGGAAACAGCUACCAGGUCCACUACCAGACUGCCUAUUUACACUAAUGGAGAAGGCUGAAUCGAACAUGUUCUCUUUUGACUUAGCUUUUAACCAGUAUGUUAAUUAACUGAAUCUCCAUAACCGGAAGAUUAGUCCUGUAAUUGUAUUAAGUGUUUCUCAACCUUGAUUGGUGGAAACUUAUGUGUUAAUCCUUUAGACCGAGACAUGUUUCUUCUUAUGUCCAGUUUGAUCAUCUUUUACUCUUGUUCA